AUGAAUGUUUCAACGAAUGCUAUGCAGCCAUUCCAACAACUUGAUCUCAGCGGUAAAUUAGUCAUAAAAGUACAAUUCGGAGAUGAUAUCCGUCGAUUUCAAAUACACAAUGAAGCACUCACUUAUGAUGAACUUAUUUUAAUGAUGCAAAGAGUUUUCAGAGGAAAGCUCAACAGCAAUGAUGACAUCACUAUUAAAUACAAAGAUGAAGAUGGUGAUUUAAUAACUAUUUUCGAUAGUUCAGAUUUUUCUUUCGCUGUACAGCACACCAGAAUAUUGAAACUGCAAAUUAAUUUAGCUGGAGAAACAGAGGAAAAUUCUCAUCCCAUCGAAAUCAGAAGAAUAAGAAGAGAACUUCAAGAAAUAAGAGAUAAAGUUAAUCGUAUACUAGACAAUUUGGAUGUGAAGACUCAAGAAAAAUCGCAAGGCACAGGAGAUGGAGGAUCCAGUUCAGUUGAAGCCAGUUCUGGACAAGAAGCAAAGGAAUUUGAUCCACUUCAAGAAAAGCAAGGAGAAAAGGAAUCAAAGGAAGAGCAAAAGACUGGAUCAACUCAAGAAGCUGGUACAAAGUCUAGUGAAACAUCGAAAGAAAGAUCUACUCCUCAAAUGAGGCAACCGGGAUUGGAUCGUCCGCCUCCAACAACAACUCUUGCCAGUCAGUUUUCGGCUCCACAAACCCAGCAGUAUCCAGGCGUGGCCGUAUCUCAACAACAGCAAAUGGGACCAUCCCCUCAGCAUUUUCCAUCUGGAAAUCCAAUGCAGUCAGUGUAUCCUUCAAGUCCAGUCAACCAAGGUACUCAGUCCAUGCAGCCAGGCCAACCAAUGCCUACCCAGUUUCAGUAUACUUCCAGUUAUACACAAAUGUAUUCUUCACCAUACGGACCUCAGUUUGGUUCCAUGCCCUCUGCUGGACAAUAUUCCACCAUUGGUGGCCCACCCAAGGGACCUGGAUCUCCAGGAUACAGAGCCGCAGUCGAAGGAAAUCCUUACUCGAAACAAAAUCAAAGUGCAUUGGUUUACCGAUCAUCUACUCAGCCUGGCUACCCGUGA